AAAAUUCAUAUGAAGCCCGGAUUCAACAGUUCAAAGAGAGCAUCUCACCUAAUGUUAUAAUUAGCGAGACAGUAGAGUUAGAUUGAUUGUUUAUAUAUGUACAAUUUUUGAAAGUUGUAAACAGAUGUAAACAUAUGAAGACUGUUGUUUCCGUUGAGAUUUCAGAUGUAAACAGAAACAUACUUAAGAGCUGGUGGGAGCAAACAAAUCAAACAGGGGAACUAAUAGACCUUUCUGAUGUACAAGAACUUAACGGUGACAAGCUUGAGCAGAUGAUUAACACAUUUGGUGGGUUUGAUCUGGUUAUUGGUGGAAGUCCAUGUAAUAAUCUUUCAGGUAGCAACCGCUAUAGUCGUGAUGGGCUGGAGGGCAUUAUCAUUUCUUUUGUUGGAAAAGAGGGCUCUGUGAUGUUCUUGGUCAGGUGAGCGAAGCGCAAAUAGGCUGCGUGCUUUAUUUGGGGGAGUGAGAAAUUAAGGGGGUGGUAGAGCAUCUUUUAAAUGUUUGCCUUUGAUGAUUGAGGCGGAUUUUCUGAUAAGCAACAGUUAUGUUAGCUAUGUAUUUAAAAUGUUGAAAGAUCAUGAGGAUGUUCUCUUUGAACCUUAA